AAAAUCCUCCAUUUUUUCUCAUUUCUUCAAAACUCAAAAAAUAAAAAAUAAAAAAUGGUUUCACUUGAAGAAUCUCAGUCUCAUUCACAUUCUCAUAGUGUUAAUAGUAUUUCUAGUACUACCCAUUUCGGCCAAACACGGCCUUAUUACUAUACUCCGCCGCCGUUAUCUUCUGCCGCUAAAAUCAACCGUUCAAUUGGUCGGUCCAUGAGAACUAUCCGAUCAUCAACUACUUUCCAGUCAACUAAUUGCUCCGGCGCUGUUUCUGAAAACUCCGGUGCUAUUUCCGAGAAUCUCACCGACUCCGUUAUCGAUAUUCAUCUCGGUGAGCUUUCGAGAAAGCCUCCGGCGAACAAAUCGUCUACUUCCGAUGAGGAUUAUCUAGAACUUUCUCAAGCUUUCAGUGAUUUCUCAGCUUGUAGCAGUGAUAUCUCCGGAGAGUUACAGCGGUUAGCUAGUGUUCCAGUUUCGGAUCAAGGUAACCCGAAUUCUAAACCCGAACCAGAGCCGGAACCUUGUUUCGGGUUUCUAGAAAGAGAGAAGUUUUCAACGGAGAUAAUCGAGAGUAUUUCGCCGGAGGAUCUUCAACCGACGGUGAAACUCUGCGUCGACAGCUUAAAUUCUCCUUCAGUCGCUGUUAAAAGAUCAGCGGCAGCUAAAUUAAGGCUAUUAGCUAAAAACAGGGCUGAUAAUCGUGCUUUAAUCGGCGAAUCAGGUGCGAUUCCAGUCCUAAUUCCACUUCUCCGGUGCACCGACCCGUGGACGCAAGAACACGCAGUAACAGCACUGUUAAAUCUAUCACUUCACGAGCCAAACAAGACCUUGAUCACUUCCUCAGGGGCAAUAAAGUCAUUAAUCUACGUGCUUAAAACCGGGACCGACACGUCCAAACAGAAUGCUGCGUGUGGGCUUUUAAGCUUAGCUUUAGUUGAUGAAAAUAAGCUUUCAAUUGGUGCUUGCGGUGCUAUUCCACCAUUAGUUGGGUUGUUAAUUAAUGGAACAAAUAGAGGGAAAAAAGAUGCUUUAACAACUCUUUACAAGUUAUGUUCAGUAAAAUUAAAUAAAGAGAGGGCUAUUGUUGCAGGUGCAGUGAAGCCAUUAGUAGGGCUAGUUUGUGAAAACGGGAAUGGAUUAGCCGAAAAGGCAAUGGUUGUGUUGAGUAUAUUGGCUGGGAUUGAAAUGGGGAAAGUGGCUAUUGUUGAAGAAGGGGGAAUUGCUGCACUUGUUGAAGCUAUUGAAGAUGGUUCUGAUAAAGGAAGAGAAUUUGCUGUGUUGACACUAUUGCAGCUUUGUGUGGAUAGUGUUAGAAACAGAGGGCUUCUUGUUAGAGAAGGUGGAAUUCCUCCUCUUGUUGCCUUGUCUCAGAAUGGUACUGCUAAAGCUAAGCACAAGGCAGAAACUCUAUUGGGAUACUUGAGAGAACCAAGACAAGAAGCUUCAAGUUCAACUCCUUGAGAGUAAUAGUAGUUUUAGACUAGUAUUUCUACUGUAGUGGUUUUGUUCUGUAUAUAGGAAGAAGUGGUUUGAAGAGUUUGUAUAGAGUGUUUUAGAAAUUUGGGAGUAAUGGAUGAUCUCAGAUAAUAUAAAAAACUAAAAAAUAAAUAUUAUUAGAAGCUAGUGAAGAAACUCUGACCUUAUUUUUGACUAGGUUUUUAGAGGAAGGGUUCUCAUGUCCCUCUUGAAUUAUUAACUGGUGCUGGUUUUUUGGGAGGGGGAUGGAGUUUACCUGGUUUUGGGUUUUUUUCUCUUUGGUUUGGUGAGAAUUUGGGUUAUUAUCCUCUAAUUUUGUUUGUGAGGUCCAAGUUCUUGUAGAAGGGUUACUAAUUUUCUUGAUUUUUAGUGUGUGAAAAUCAACUACUAGCAUAGUAGGCUAGAGGUUGUUUUUUCCUUUUUUUGAACAUGAAUAUAUGCUAGUGUAUGAAGCAAAACAUAUUUGGCCAUUUAUGUGAUAUUUUCAUGAUUUAUGAACAUCAAAAUUUCCAAGCUUA